AUGUCAGAUGAGCAAUUUGACGAUGCCUUGUCACAGUUGCUUUUCAAAGGUGCCAACAAGGUUCUGAGGUUUGCUGUGCCAGUGAAGUCGCGCAAGGGGCCCCAAAUCUUGGCGGCACUCCAAGAGGUGGUCACAGAAUGCAACCGCCUUGGGUUUCCAGUGAAGAUUGCCCACACCGAUCGUGCCAAGGAGUUGAUGUCGAAGGCAACUGUGGAGUGGCUUCAGUCAAAGCUCAUCCAACCCUCCUUCACCCAAGGUGAUGACCCACAGUCCAACGGGUUAGCAGAGAGGUUGGUAGGUUGGGUUAAGGCCAGGGCACGACUUCAUUUGGCAGCUUCUGGAUUGGGUGUUGAGCAAUGGCCAGCAGCAAUGUCGUUUGCAUGUGCAGAGCAUCGCAAUCGGAUGCUUCAGGUGGACACUAGGCUUCCAAGGUUUGGGCAAAAGGUGAUUUUCAAGAGCAAGCAUCCUACCGGGAGAUCAAAGCGACCUUUCAUCAGGUGGGAACACGCAGUGUACCUUUGCCCAACACCCCGUACGGAAGGGGGUCACGUGUUGCAACGAGCGCUGUCAGGUGCCUACUUGGUAGCCAAGAAUGUCCGGUGCGUUGAAAACUUGGUUGACCCGGAAGCCGAGUUAGGUGAUGAAACCGUAGUGGAAGCAGAUGCUCCUGACGAGCUGCCAAGAGCAAGUGAAGACGGGCGGCUACCUGCGCCCGGUCGACGUAUCACUGGGAAGCGAGCAGUGCGAGCCAUUUCCCUCCCUGCGGAGACGUUGGCGCAAGACUUUCUGAGAAAUGGCUGGUUCACUCCUGAUCACUGCGGAAGACUGCUUGAGAUGGCCUUUGGAGGCACAGAAGCCAUAUCGCGAAGAACUCACCGAGGCCCUAUGAAGCUUGCUGUGGUUCUAGGUGCCUACGGACAUGGUGGGUUGCAUGGAGUGACACGUGCAAGUCGUGUAUAUCCUGGGGUGUGCCGCUACUUGAAUGAGUACUUGAGAAGGAAUCUGCCGUCCGGGCAGAGCAACCCACAGUGGAGUGCCUUGACUGUCGUUGUUGCCCCGGAGGUAGCGGUGCACAGGGAUGUUAGGAAUGAGCCAGGAUCAGUCAACUACGUCACACAGAUUGCCACUCGCUCUAUGUGGAUUGAGGGAGCGACCGAAGCGGGUCUAGAACAGGCGUGUGCAGACGAAAAGGGGAUUGAGCGCAAGGGCUACCGGAUGCCCCUGACACAGGUCACCUCAACCUUUGACCCGAAGCAACGCCAUUCAGUUCUGCCAGCCACCAAUUGGGUGAUAGCAGGGUAUACACCGUUGGGUAGUCAUAAACUCCCCCCCGCUAAGCAGAAUGAGCUGAAGGAAUUGGGUUUUAAGUUGCCUGGUGCAGUUAUGCCUACAGUUUGCAAGUUGGUGGGACCGUACCCCCAUCGACUCCCAGAAGCCAGACCUCGUCGUCACCCUCCACCGCGGCGUGCAGGUUUGAGUGUGAGGUAUGCACGAAUGAGUGGACCGGAGUGGGCUGAGCUGUGUCAGCUAGAUGAGGAGCAAUUCGAGGCACGCAUAUCCAGGUGGCAAAGGGUGUUAGGAGGUGCCGACGAAGACUCAAACAUGGACCCAGUGUCAGCCUCAAUUCCUCACAACCUCCUGGUUUCUCACGUGUUCCAGGGUCGCAAUUGGCACCAAGACCCAGAGUUGAUUGUAAAUGGCCCAGCGGGACCGGUGUUAGCAGCACGUGUUCUUGACUACUCAGAUGACGGCCCACCAGACGAGACUCCGUUCCCUGAUCGCAUGAUCAUGUUUUCGGUGCACGAUUUGGUGCGAGAUGUCACCGAAAUGGUGAUUCUGCGUGUGGUGCUAAUUGAGGAGGAGCAAGGGGGGAACGGGAACCCGUUAAUGCCAGUGUUGCAAGUGCCUGGACCUCCACCGCCGGAGGUCCGAGUGGUCCAGUGUGCAAAUGAGCUACGGAAGACAAGUGGGAAUUUUCCCUCUCGUCUUCCUGUCCCCUUGCCGAAUCCCACCUUCAUCCAAGUGCAUUCGGCCCGAUCACUUCGAGAAGUGCUACCUCAGGAGGAGGCGAUGUUGUGUAAGACAGAGGCCACCACCACCAAGGGCUUGGAAUCAAUCCUCGAUGGCCUUUCGGAACCUCUGAGUGUGACGCAUACAGCAUCUCAGGAGGAGGUGCGGGCCCACUUGCAAAGGUGGAAGGGAGCGAUCGAGAAAGAGCUCAAGUCUUUGAAGGAGCCUGGAGUCCUGGUCAGUCACUUCGGGAAGGAAGCGCAGGGCUUAAUCGCCAGACCCGGGACUACAGUGAUCCCUCUCAAGGGUGUGUUCACAGCAAAGGCCCCAGCAGGCCCACAAGAUGGUUUGUACAAAAGAAAGUGCAGGCUGGUAGGAUGUGGGAACCAAGCCUCCCAUGUUGAUGCUGACUCCCUGUACGCAGCUGGAGCCCCGGCCGAACUGGUGCGUGCGUCGUUGGUACAAGCAUGCCGGCAUGGGUGGUCCGGGUUCACCACUGACAUCAAGUCGCAAACCCCUAUACCCCAGCAUGCAGCUCAGCGCUACCUGUUGCGUCCUCCGAGAUGGCUCGUGGAGCUAGGUUUGGCCUCGCCCGACGAGUACUACUCGUUGGGCAAGGUGUUGUACGGCUUCAAAGAAGCACCGGCUUGGUGGAGUGACCACCGGGACACGAAGCUCCUCACCGCAUCGUUCUUGGGUUGCCAUCUUGAACAGGGUACUUCAGACCCUUCGCUCUGGCGGAUUAUGAAAGGGGAGGACCUGAAAGGUUUUUUGGUGACCUACGUGGACGAUUUUCUCAUCCUCAGUGACGGAUCUACUGCGCGCGGGUUGCACCAGUGGCUGUUGGAAGGUGCUGGGUGGGAGACUGAUGGCCUCAGUGAAGCAAGGCCAGGGGAACCAGUGCGGUUCCUUGGCAUGCAGCUUGAAAGACAUGAAGACGGACACUUCAGCCUGGAUCAGGAGUCCUACGUUGACGAGCUCAUAAGAGCCUACGGGUUGGCCAGCAGUGACAAGUCAAAGGUUGUAUGCCCCAGGGAGAUCCUCAUGAGUGAGCCUGAGUCAGCGCCCAAGGCUGACGAAGCGACCAUCAAGGCCGCGCAGAAAAUAGCAGGGGAAUGCCUUUGGUUGUCACAGAGAACGAGAUUCGAUAUCUCCUUCACCACCGCCAUCCUCUGUUCACGGGUAUCGAAGGACCCGCAAGGAGCUUUGAUGAUAGGACGAAGGCUGCUGUGUUACCUGCACCAGACGAAGAGUUUCAAGUUGCACCUUCGUCCAGAUGCUGCAGCAGCACCGGUGAGGGUGUUUACAGAUGCCAGCUUCUCUCCUCAGGGCCAGCAUUCCUAUGGAGGGCAUGUGGUCGAGCUGUUCGGCGUUCCUGCCGUUUGGCGAGCAUCCCGCCAAGCCCUCAUAGCUUUAAGUUCUUCAGAGGCGGAACUGAUCCAAGCAGUGGAGGGAUGCAUGUAUGCGGAGUCGCUGCUCACUGUGCUGCAGGACUUGCGUGUGCAGUGCAGCACGGUGCAGCUGCUGCUAGACAACACGGCUUCGAUUGCCUUUAUCGGAGGCUGGGAGGUCAAGCACUGCCGUGGGGAGUAUCAACGUGCAGACUUGUUGACGAAACCGUUGCCGGCUGCCCGCAUGCGGUUCUUGUGCGACCUACUGCAGCUUGGAGAGGGCCCGAUGCCCAGAGCUGCCGAGGAUCAAACCCAGGUUUGUGGGUGCAAGGGAGAAGGUGAAGGAAGUGAAGAUGUGGACCAAGGCAUGCCGAUUGAGUGGCCCUGGGAGUUGGCAGUGUUGCGCGAGCCUACACCUCAGGUGCGGGCUGUAUCGAUCAAGGAAAGGCGGGCCAAGAAGCUACACGACCGUGUCGCUGCCGCUAUCGACAGCGCUGUCAGUGAGAGUCCUACUGGGGACGAAGGUGCGAGCCCCACCGUUGUGUACGGCGGCAUCAACAUGCAUCUUGCUACUGCAAGGGAACCACGGGAGUUUCGGAAUCGUAUCGACCCAACUGUGAUGACUACAGAGAACCCGAACCUCGAGGACUUACCACCCGGUCAGCCUGUCGACGGGGUUGACAGCAGGGUUCAAGAACAACAUGAUCAACAGGUUAUGGGCGCCCAAAUCGCUGCCGCAGCAGCAGCUCCGCAGAUGGUCAACGGGACCUACGGUGCGAUUGGAACGUCGGGCCCUCUGUCUAUGGAUGGAGAGGUUUUGGCGGCGCCACAGAGGACGGAUACCCAAGGAACCGGAGAUGUGGGUGUCGCUGGACGCGGAAGCAGAGAUACUGGAAUUGGGACACUCAAGGCAGCCGCAGAGCGAGUCAUGGCGAACGUGGCCGCUAAGGUGCAAGGGGUGUUGCCACCACAGGGCAGAGGGAGUUCUGCUCAAGGAUUCCUCCAGAGGGAGGCUCCCCUCUUGUAUGCGGGUGAAGGACGACCUGUGCCACAAAGAGGGACAGCAGAGGAGAGACAGGUCUUCAUGGCGGCGCAGAGUGAGCUCCAGCGUAGAGUAGCCUCGUUGUCGGAAGAGAAUCAGAUGCUUCGUCAGGCUCCGGGCAAGGCGCCGCCAAUGCCCUUUGUUGUUGAAGGUCUAGCAGCGAAUGCAGGCAGUUCGGGUCCAGCAGGCAACAGCCCAUUGGAGGCUAUGAUGUCAGGCACUGCUGUGAGCGCCUCUAGCAGCAACCCGGAGGUGGUGAGGCCUUCGAUGAGUGACUUGUCGGACUCCUCGGGUGAGUGUUGGCAAAGGGUUCUCGCGCAAGCGCAGGAGUGGUACACGUCACAGUAUGUGCCCUCAGGUCCAGUUGCAAGGGUGAGGUUGAAACCGCCAGCGUCAGAGGUGGACAAGGAGCCACGGUGGAACAGAGUGCGCCACAGGAUGGAGCACCUCAUCUUGCAAAGCUGUCCAGAUGCGGUCAGAGCCGAGUUGUCAUCGGCCCGUGUCAGCGGUGUGCUACCAAUCAUGUGCCGCCUUUACACCGUGUAUAAGCCAGGCGGGGUCACAGAGCGUGCAGAGGCCCUUCGUCAAGUUCAACAGCCUCGCCCCGCGGAUUCUCCAAUCGACGCGGUCAUGAAGCUUCGCACAUGGAAGCGCUGGAUGACGCGCUUGUCAGAUCUGGGUGGCACUCAGCCCGAUGCCGCUGUGAGCAUUCAGGCCCUUGAAGGGAUCACUUCCGGGGUCCUCAAGGGACUUCCCAGCCUGUCUUUCAGAGUCAAUUUGGUCCGAGCCUCUCUUCAUCUGGACACUCAGCCCUCGGCAGGUAAUGCCGCAGGCGGAGGUAAGCCGGAUUCCAGCAAGAGUGUGCGCCAGGUUGCAAAGGGAGGAGAUCCUGGGCUCCGUAAGGUUCUGUCAGACGCCGCCGGCGUCCUGCGUGAAGCGAUGGCCGUGGGCCCGACCGCAGGUAGUGAAGCUCCGGCGAUGGCAGUAGCGGCUAAAAUCCAAGCCCAGCUUGAAGAUUUGGAAGCUAGAGUGUUGGAUGGUGGCCCGUGCAUCCGUUCAGUCUGUGGCAAUGUGUCGGAAGGGGCAGGUGAGCCAACGGCGUUGCUUGACUCUGGUGCGACACAUGUGGUUGUAGAUGAUGCCGCGGCAGGUUCCCAAGACUUGGUGCCGUGCACAGUGUCGCUUGCAGGUGACCAACGCCAAACUUGGCACCAAACACCCGGUGGAUCGCUGGUGGCACCUGUCACCGGUGAUGGACAUGCACCGCAGACCAUUCUCCCGUUGGGAAGCCUAGUCACCCAACUUGGUUGCUCCUUGCGAUGGUCGAAAAGGGAAGGUUUGCAAUUGAUGCAUCCCAAACUCGGGCGCUUGAAGACGCAGGUUGAAGAGGAUUCAAGCGCACCUGAAGGAAGCUACACCAGUGCCUUGACUUUAGGCAAGAUGAUGCCGUUCCUUGAGCAGGAUCAGGAAGAGACUUCACCAGUCGCACUUAUGGCUUCUUCAUCUAGGUUGGCCGGCGUUGUUGCCGACGCACAAAUGAG